AUGAGGAAUGCAAAGCACAACAAAAUGCGUACUGAUCAACAACAAGUACUUAACGUUGGGCGGUCACACUGUCGAGAGAUGCGGGAAUUGCUCAAAUCGCUAGCAUUUAAAGAGAACGUCACUUGUCUGGAACUCGGCUGGGGCAAAAGUGUUCACCAACGACGAACACUCGAAUCAAGCGAGAUUUUCUUCAUCCUGAUUGUUUCUCGUGAACAAUCUCGAAUUCGACCUUGGAAAUCGAUUAUUGACGUCUUUAUGAAGCCGGAUAUUCUCAAGGAUCAUGAUACGAGAUUUGGAUCCAAAAUCGCAGCAAUUCGCCAUCAAAUUCAGCCCGAAACGAAUCGUUUU